AAGAGCUCUUGCAAGGAAGAUGGUUGACGAAGCUAAUUUAGAAAAGGUUGCUUUGGAAAAUCGUGUUGAAAAUAUGGAAAAUACUUUGAAGGAAUUGAUGGCUUCCUUCCAAUCUCUUCAAGCAACCUUAGUCACAAGGGCACCUUUGACAACAAAUCCUUUAUUUGAUGGAAAUGUUUCUGUGGCAAAUCUCCCUAUCACCACAUCUACUCUUGGAAAGGAGCCAAUGUCAUCUUGCCCACCAAAUCCAACUAUUGGUGGAACUUCUGGGACAAAGCCAUUUGUUCUAAAUGCUGGUGUUGCUACAGUUUAAUCUAAUGAUCAAGAAGAGACUCAAGUUGUCAAGUCAAUUACAGAGGAUGAAGACAAGGCAAUUAAAGCGAAGGUGCAAUUGAUGGAGGAAACACUAAAAUCGAUGCAAGGUGUCCAAACCAAUAAACCGGUUGACAUCUCAUCUUUGUGCUUUUUCCCAAACAUUCAAUUGCCCCAUAAGUUUAAAUUGCCUGAGUUUGAUAAGUACAAUGGCACUGGUUGUCCUUAUGCCC